UCCUCCUCCUCCUCCUCCCCGCACGGCUUCUGCCUGUCCGUCCGUCCAUUCCUGUCGCCGCCUCGGAGAGGCCAGGAAAGCCCAGGACCUCUGCUGAGCACAGGAUGGAGGACUCACCUGCCAGGGCCCCGAGCGGCGCCGUGGGACUCACCUAUCUGGUGGCAGCUUCCCAGAUCCUGGGCCUGGCAGUGGUCACCAUGACGGGGGCCUGGAUGGGCCAGUAUCGGGGCGGCAUUGCCUGGGACAGCUCAAAGCUGCAGCUCAACGUCCACCCCCUGUGCAUGGUCAUUGGGAUGGUCUUUCUGCAAGGAGACGCCCUUCUGGUCUACCGCGUCUUCAGGAACGAGAGCAAACGCUCCACCAAGAUCCUCCACGGGCUGCUUCAUGCUCUUGCACUGGUCAUCGCGCUGGUUGGUUUGAUUGCCAUCUUCCAGUACCACAAGAAGCAGGGCUUUCCGGAUAUGUACAGCCUGCACAGCUGGUGCGGCUUCCUUGCGUUUGGCUUCUAUUUCAUACAGUGGCUGCUGGGCUUGUGCUUCUUCCUCUUCCCUGGGGCCUCCUUCUCGCUCCGCAGCAGAUACAAACCUCAGCAUGUCUUUUUCGGAGCCUGCCUCUUCCUCGUGUCUGUUGCCACGGCACUGCUGGGUAUCUUGGAGAUGCUGCUCUUCAAAAUAAGAGAUACCUACAGUGCUUUUGCCCCAGAAGGCAUCCUUGCCAACCUCUUGGGCCUGCUGCUGGUGAUGUUCGGGGCAGUCGUGGGCUACGUCUUGACCCGGGAUGAGUGGCGCCAGCCCCCCUUGGCUGAGGAGCUGGCCCUGUCCACGGAUUUCAAGACCCUCACAGAAGAAGGGAGCCCCACGAGCUCUCGCUGAUGCCUCGCCCCACCCCUCAUUCACCCCUCGGUCGCGCCUGGAGGAUCGGUACCCUGCGUGGCCUCCGGGUCGCCCUGCUGUGCGUCUGAACUGCCACCCCGCUUCUGCCUUGCUCAGCCUCCCCACUGCCCCGCCCCGGGGUUCCUGCUAGGUCCUUCCGCUGCCGGUCCACGUGCAGCAGCAUUAUGAGCAGGCACAAGCUCCGGUGCCUUUGUGCGAGGAGGGCAGAGGGAUCCGGUCCUGGGGUCCCGGUAGGGUAUAAGGGUGGCGGUCCCACUUGCCUCUUCUCCUGCUCAGCCUUUAGCUCAGGCCUGGGCUGCGGGUGGCUCCCCAGACAUUUGGCCUCCAGCACCCACAAUCCCUCCUCAUUGGCUGUGCCGGGGCUGAGACUGAUGGGCGUCGCAGGUCCAGACCGCUGGAGGGAGGCAGGUGGCCCAGCGUGGCUUCAGCGGCUCCUUCACCAUCGGCAGGUUGGCCAGAGUUUCCCAGGGUUGCUGCCUAAGGAAGAAUCCCCAAAUGGUUUGGGUGUUCCGAGGGCAGCAACCUCGACGGCUCGAGGACACAGGCAAUCCUGUAUGGCCGCCUCCCUGCCCAGUCUGCCGUCCGAUGGCUUUCUGUAAUGCUGGAGCCGUGUAGGGUGCCGCCCUCGAGUUCCACGGCGCUGCUCGGACUCUGCAUUUGGGCUGGCUGAGGUAGCGGUGCUGCCUUUGCAGUGAAAUGCCUCCUCCUCCUCCUCCUCCUCGCCCAGACAGACCUCUCUGCUACCACACCUUGGGUUUUCAUAAAGCCCAGCCGUCCUGGAGCCCCUCUGUCCUGUCCUCUGGGGCUGGGCUGAAGGCCUUCCCUUUUUUGUGCUGCUUUAGGGCUCGUGGGUGCGCUCACUCUGUCUGUGGCUCAACUGUGUAAGAGCUGGUGGUUCUGUAUUCGUUCCGUGUGGCUGUUCCUCUCCUGCUCCCAUCCCCAGAACAGACCACACAAGGGUUUUAAAAAACACUGUCUGAGAAUGGAUGUUGAGGGGCAGGAAACUUUCCCGCUGGGCCCUUGAGCUACGGAGGUUUCUGGACUGACUCAAUGCAUCCAGCAUCAAUGGGGGAUAGGACUCGCCUCCUUUUAUUGGGUUGCUAUUAUAAGAUUUCUUAGCCAAGGGGUGAGAAGCGCUUUGAACACAAAUGUUUUUUUACGUGAAAUUGUUAUUUUCCUGGGGACUCCUUGAGUUUAGUUCAGGCUCUAUUCCACUCUGCACAUGCACCAUGGAAACAGUGCACCAAAACCCCCAGCAAAGUCAGAGAAGGAAUAGUCCGUACAAUAAAAACAUCAGCCUAAAUGUUGCCUUAAUACAUGGAAGUCCGUCCUGUCCUGGCCAGUAUAUAUUGUGUUUGAUGGGUGAGUUGGAUUCCAAUAAAUAUUUGCAGCGAAAAAGCUGGUUCUUGACUUGUUUGCAGCUAAAAGCAUAUUAGUG